UUGGAAAUACAUGGAAUACUGUGUUAAGUUUUAUCACUGUUUCGAUUUACUUUCUUUUGUUGUUUUGGCCAUUCUCAGUAAAUUUACCUUAUAUUCUGCGAACUGUCCUAAAUUCCGUAAACAAUGCUAUACACAUCAGAAACUAUGUAAUUCAAAAAGGAACUUUUUUUUUUUAAGUCAAAAACUUGUUCUACAUAACCGCUGCAAUACAAAGAGAACACUUAUUGCGCACCAGGUACAAUAACUGUUAACUUAUGUAUUAAUUGAACCGAAUUGUGUACCGCUCAGCUGGACUCCUCUUCUGGUGAUGAAAUUAAAGAAAUUUAAAAAGGCUGUUUUCCAGAACGAAGGUUUAGAAAAGCCGAGGAUCGGAUUGGUAGAAACGCUGCCCAAUAAUUGAUUAGUGCGAGUAUUCAGUGUUCCAUUUUGUAUCUGAACCCCCAUGCAAUGCAAAGUGUAAAUCGUGGCUUAACGCUUGUCGCUAAAUAAAAAAAUAUAGGUAUGCGUCUGUGCCCAUGCAACGGCGGUUGUGAGUUGCUAGGAAGACAAGUCAAGUUGUUGAACGCGAAAUAAGCGCAGAGCUCAAAGUGAACAUACAGAAAAGCAAAUAAAGUGUUGGAUGAAUCAACGGAUGUGUGGAUGGCCAAAAGUGAAGUUCGAUCACCCCCUGCUCAGCCGGUUUCGAAUUCGCUCUGCUCAGUGAUCGCUUUAAGUGUUUCAUUUAGUCGAAAUCCAACGCUUAGAUCACAUGUUUAUCCUUGUUAUGGUGCAGUUGCAAAAUUGUAUCUAAGCACAGAAAAAUUGAACGAUUGUUAUGUAGCGCAAGUGAUGCCAAAAAGGAUUCAAUCUUGUGAAAAUAAAAUGAUGCAUGAAUCCAAUUGUGAAAGUGAAAUAGUUCCAUUAAAGCGAUAUGCGUCUAGGGCACUUUUGUAAACCAGGGAAACGAAAGUUCGACGAUUUGAAAUCUGCGUUUGUUAGAACAGCCUCAGAGUGGUGGUUUCCUUGCCAGCUGUCAGGGUUGAAAGUUAAGCUGCUACACGACUGUGCCGCGUAAACACCGUACCGUAGCAGCAUCGCAUGAAAGAUGGAACCACGUGCCAGUGGAGGAGCCCUUUUUCGAGAGAUUCACAAGAACACCUGGCUUCGGCGGUUAAACGUUGAAGGAAAGAGGCCAUCUGUGCUCACAAAGAAACCGGACCGAUAUUGGGUUGUGUUCUGCGUUCACGAUGACUGCGAAGCAUUCCUGGAGGGUUACGCCGAUCCGCGGCAGGCUCCGUCACACAACCCGGAGUGGUCCCUAGCGUUACAAACUGUGCAACAUAUAUCGCAUGCUCUCGUUCCGGUUGAGCAGGAGUUUGAAUUCGUGAUAACACUCGGCAACGAUGUCGCACGGUUUAAUGCCAACACGUGGGACUGCAUGCAGGAGUGGGUGGAAUCACUGCGCUCGAAGUUGCGUGAAAUGAAGCUGCUUUCGCCCAAGGAGAAUCUCUACUCGAAACUGCCUGAAGCGAAACCACCGUUAGCUCCCACGCGAGAUCCUACGUCACCACUUCCUGCAACACCCCCGGUUCCGGCGGCAAUCGUACCAGGGAUUGAGCGUGUUCAACCCUCUUCACUAUUGCACUCCGCUCUGCAAGCAGGAUCCGGUGGCAGCUCCUCAACCUCAUUAUUACAGAGUGCAUCCAAUUCAUCACCAUUCUCCAUGGCCACUCCCAAUCUCGGAACGUCACCACCGCAGCCGCCUCCGAUCACUGCCAUGUCCAAUACGUCUACCCAGAAUCUCAUGAAUCUGCUCACAAACCCACUGCAAGCUGUGAGCAGCAUUAACAAUCAACAUAUUAGCAGUCAGCAUCUCUUCGAUGCUAUAUCAUUGGCAUCUGAUCUUUCCGAUGGAAGUAUUGAUGAUUACUCAACCGACCUUAUCAAACAGUUCAUAUCUAACAGUGCGUCAACGUCAUUGACCCUGCCAUCGUCGGAGGUGGUUGCUAGUUCCUCCGGUGUGAUUCCUUCCGGUAGCGGUUCGAGUUCAUCUAAAACUACCCUAGCACCCAAGGAUAGUAGUAGCGCACCACAGCUUCAAAAUGGGUCCGCUGUUAUCUGUUCGACCUCUUUAGCAACGACCUUUGCUAACAACGUCCUGGCAGAUCCAGGAACUGCAUCACUCAAGCGCACUGAACAGAAAGUGCUAGUCGACGUGAAAGCGGACAACUUUGGCUUUUCCACCGAUAGCGGAAGUGAUGAAGAUGUCGACGCCAACAACAGCUCCGGUACCAGUUCCAGUCGAAGCAGCAGUAGCAGCAACAGCAGCAGCUCCGGACUAUUGGAGGCAAAUGGCAAUGAAUCAUCGCUACUAUCAACGCCAACAGCACGCCAAUCUUCGGCUAAACCAAUCACUCCUUCAUCGCCGUUCUGCAAAGCCAGGCAACAGCAUCGAAUUGAACAGAAAAAGACGCGCCGAAAAUGUGUCCAGCAGGGAGCCGUUCCUAUACCAGCCAAUGUUACCAUCAUUGAGGUUCCCAAUGGAACUAACGCUGGCUCAUCACCAGUAAAAUCGAUACUUUCUCCUUCUGCAAAACGUCGGACGCCGAAGCCAGACCCAAAAGGCAAAACAACCAAUAGCACCAGCACGCUAAUUACCGACGACUUGAGCGAUGAUAACUACAAAAGCAAUGUGCAAAUUAUUCCGUCCAAUAUUGAGUACGAUCAUAACUUUCAUCAUCACCUUCAGGAUCAGGAACCUUCCAUUAUCGCUUCAAUAAAUGAUCGCCAAAUUACGACCGUAAAAGUAUCGAAUCUCGUGAACACCAGCGGCACUGGAACAGUGACAAUUACUUCCGCUAUAGUUCCACCAGCUCAGGCAGCGGUAAUUGCUACGGUAGCCACUUCCUCGACACCGAUCAAAGCUGACAGCAAUUUCGGCACUGUCACUCAAAUUGCGGUAAACUCAUGUGAUAGACCCCAAACUCCUCCAUCUCAGCAACAGCACUAUGAACAUGUAUUCUUGCUGCCUACUCCAAUACAGGUAGUGACGAACCAAGAUCAGCCAACCAGUUUGCAAUCGCCAGUAGUAUCUGCCGUUAGCUCUGCCUCGAAUGGCAUUAAUAAAAGUAAAGUCAUGCUGCUAAGUAAACAGCAACGAUCUUCUAGUCAUUCCGAUAUUCAACUCAAUCGAGUCAAAAAUCUGCGAAAUGGACAGGGAAACAAGGAAAAUCAAGCGGAAAGCAGCGCAGCCGGUGUUCAAUCCGUCGCAACUAGCACGAAAACAGGCAUACUCUCUUCCGCCAGCAGUCCAACAGUUCCGUCGGCUAAUCUAAGUCCUACGGUGCGACCGACAGUUGACAAAAAUAUUUACACCCCGCAGCCGCAAAGAACAAUGUUGCAACGUGGUCUUACGGAAAUGGUUAUAAGCCGAUCAACGAACGUAGUUGUUUCCGGUGGAAGAGAAAAUGAUUCUCGAGGACGUCAGCCAGCCGUUAAUGCCAAACUGUCUGUCAAUAAAUUUCGGAACGAAGUCAAUGAACAGCGACGAAGGAGCUCAUCCACUUCCGAUGCUCAGCCUGAAUCAUCUGGUAAUGCAUUACCAAGAGUCCGUUUGAAUGGGGCAACAUCAAGGUUACAAUCUCCGCCGCAACCAUUUCGACCGCAUCACCAGUUUAUCAACCAGCAAGAUCAAGGUCCGAAUGGAUCGAAUCGAAAGUUGACGCUUCGCGAGCAGCAGGUUAUGCAGCUACGGCGCGAGAUGAUGCAUCCAGGAGGAGUACAACUACAACUACGACGCAAGGAUUGCAUCAAUUCCAUUGGACUGGUCGAUGCUUUCGGCGCCGUAUGGGUUGCUGGCUGGAAGCAGAAAGAACAUCCGGUUCUGUAUAACGCAUUGCACAUUGGCGACCAGUUGAUCUCAAUCGCUGGAGUAGCAAUUACGAGUGCGGCCGAGGCGCAUAAGGCGAUCCGAGGAGCCCCGGGACUUUUCGUAAAACUAAUAAUUCGGAGGGUGCCGUUUGGUCGGGUGUACGCGAUUCGUAGGGAACUGAAUGGACAGUGUUUGGGUUUGAUACGUGAUGGUAACACGGCUACAAUCGUAGACGUAGUACCGAACAGCCUGGCUGCGCGACAUGGGCUUCCACCAAAGGCUCAAUCAUGCGAUGGAUUGUCCCUGACGUUCUGGGUUCUUACAGAAAUCAAUGGUCGGCCGUUGAAUUUGUUUUUCAAGGAUAAUGAAAUACGCGAUCGUUUGAAUGCGGUUGGAAAGGACAUAUCGAUAUUGGUUCAACCGGCUGACCUGGUUACUAAACUGAAGAAACAGUUAAAAUCGUUACGUGGCCACAAAGACUUCAUCGUGCAAUAGGGCGUGUUUUUGUAAAAAUAGUUAUUUAUUUUUAAUGUUACCUUCCCAUGCGAUAGGUAAGUGGUAGAUGGGAGGCAUCGAUAUUGGAGUGCGAUCGUGGUGCACAAUGUGUGAUAUAUAAUCCUGCCACUGACGGUAGAGAAAACGGUUUGGCUUAUGUUAGCAAACCAGUCGAACAUUUCAUAACUCAAGUAUUGAAAAGUUGAUAACUCCUUAGAUAAAAUUUUCUUAACUUCAUAAUUUCAAUUAUUAUAACAGUAAACGGAACAUAGUGACCUUUAGGCAUAUUAACCAAUUCAGAUACAAAUCAAAGUAACUCGAAAGGCUGUACUAGUAAACGGUGAAUACAUUUUAAAACCUAUACGCUGAUAACAAGUAUUGAUCAUACGAAAUUGAUUGUUUCAUCUCGAGGUAAGUAAAUAAUCAAUUCACACAGAACAUAUAGUCUUACGUACUACUGAAAAUAAUGGUAAAAGACUAGAAGAAUCAAUUUCAGUCGAGAGAACGGUUUUCUUUCGAUUUGGAUGAAUAAAUUGUAUACAGAUUCAUAGAGCUGGUAAUAUUUUUCUACUAGAUCUUUUAUCUAACGAAAUUGAAUAACAAGACAGCUUAAUGGAAUACACAAAAAGUAGAGUUGUGCAGUGUAGGUGAUACAUUCUUUUAGCGUAUUUUUUGCGAUACUAUAAUAAUCGAACCUAGCUGAAACUUUUCAUAACAGAAACUUUUUCUGGAAUUAUAUAUUUCGCAACCAU